AUGCUGCUCGGCGUUCUCCUCGGCUGGUAUGAGCUCACCAGCCACAUCUCCGUCGACACCCCGGCUGCCGAUCGCGACGCCGAGUGGCUGCGCCAGGACUUCACCGUCCGCUCGUGGCUAUACGGCUCCAUCAGCGACGACAUCCUCGACACCAUCAUGGGCCCGAACCAAACCGCGUACGUCGCCUACACGCUGAUCCGCAACCUCUUCCUCGACAAUCAGCUCACUCGCGCGGUCUACCUCGAGGCGGAGUCCCGUGCCCUAGCACAGGGCGACCGCACCAUCGCCGCCUACUGCCACCACCUCAAGGCCCUCUCCAACGCUCUUCGUGACGUCGGCCAGCCCGUGACCGACCAAACCCUGGUCCUCACCUGCCUGCGUGGUCUGAAUCCGCGGUUUAGUGACAUCACCACGCUCGUCACCAUGCAGGUCCCGUUCCCAACCUUCCUGCAAACGCGGUCCCUCCUGCUCCUCCGCAAGAACCAGCUCACCGCCUCGCUCCCGGGCAUGCCGUCGGCGUCUCAGGUCGCACUGUACUGGCACACCACCGGUCCCUCCUCCGGCGGCGCUCUAGGCGGCGGCUCUAGCGGCGGCUCCAGCAGCGGCAACAGUCGCUGGAAGAAGAAGAAGAAGAAGAACGGGACUCCCGCUCCCGUCGACCCGCGCGGCACCUGGACCGCUCCCGCGCCUCACCCCUGGAUCUGCUUCAACCCCUACACGGGCUAG